AACGUCAGCGCGUAGAGUGCAAACAACGCACGCUCAGUUCUGUAGCAUCUACCUGUCUGUUGGGUGUCGCAGAGGAGGAUCCAUUGAUUUCCGUAAAUUGCAUUUGCACUUGAUUCCUCUGGUUUCCCCCGUUGCUGUUAUGGACUCUGACAUGGACGCUCUUGAUUUGGAAAAUCAAAUUGAACUUGAAGAAAAGACUCGGCUUAUCAACCAAGUUUUGGAGCUUCAGCACACCUUAGAAGAUCUCUCUGCUCGCGUCGAUGCCGUUAAAGAAGAAAACCUCAAACUAAAAUCAGAAAAUCAGGUUCUGGGCCAGUACAUCGAGAAUCUCAUGUCUGCUUCCAGUGUGUUCCAAACAACAGACACAAAGAGCAAGAGGAAGUAAUUGGCUGUUCCAUUAUCAUGGCUUCUCAUGGGCUACAUUUUCUUUUAUUUCAACCAGGGUCUGGUUACCAUAGAAGUGCAUUCACUAAACUAGUGCUAGCUGUAAUGUUGUACAAUAGACCAGUGUGUAAACUGCACUACUGAAAAUGGUCCUUGGAUGCCCAUCAUGUAUCCAGGACCUGGGCAUAAAUUAUUUUGAGAUGGAGAUGUAAGAUAUCACUGUGUGCUCUCUGCAAUAGUAAAACAUUAGGAUUAUGUUUACGGGGGAUGGAUCAGAUAUUUACACAGAAUCCGAUUGUGGGUUACGCUCAAGAGAGACAUUAAUUUGCCUCCUAGCUGUGUAUCUAUCUUCAGCUCCCAGUUUACCAUACAGAAACUACGUUUAUUUGAUAUAAUGAAGGGUGGAAAGCUGUGCUGUGUUUUGAGCAUGUUCUUUCUUUUCUGAGUUUUUACUUGUUCAUUCUUCCUUUUCCUUAUUCUAUUGUCAUGUAACCUUCCAUGUAAAACAAAGUACAAGCUGCAGAUUUGCAUCAUCACACAUGCUGAAAGUAUACAAUGUAUUCUGUUAAUCAGAAAGGUGAUUGGCUAUCAGCUCAGACAUGAUGGUAACCUGUAGUGCUCACAGGCAUUAAGGAUCCUAAAAAAUCAGUUGUGAUGCAUCUAAUAGUGAUCAAUUGGCAGAAGAAGGAAUUAUUUAUCCCUAGAGGGAUCCCACAGACGGAUCCGCCAUCCAUGUUUAUAAUUCUGCUGCCAUCUGUUGGAUAACAAUUUAAAUUGCUCAGUGGCUUUUAGGAGUAUCUCUCAAAUACAGCUCAGUGGCCAUAUUAGUCGAUCCUCUGUGAUUGUAUCUUACAACGUGUUACAUGGAAUGAUUAUUAUCAGUAUUUUCAGCUCCAAGAAAUGAGCAAUUUUACAAUAUUCGUAUGUGCAUGUGUCUGUAUGUGUUGAGCAAUUGUUUAGAGAGCAAGAGUAGACUGCUUCAUCUAAUUUCAUUCUGCAUUUAUGUUCAUGGCUGCCAACCAACCCAGAUCUUCAGUGUCUGAUGACGGCUUAGUAGAGCAGAGAGUAUAUUACCAAUUCAAAAGAAGCAUAAGGUAAAAGACUGUGCUGUAGUAGCCAGAAGCAUCUGCUUUCAUAUCUUUUUAGUGCCAGUGAUACUUUGUGUUUCCAUUCCCUUCAUAAUUUGCUGCACUAAGCCACAGUGAACCAUCCAUGUUUUAUACCAGGCUUUUUCACACAAGCCAAAUAUCUCUGGUGUAAAGGUGGUGGGGGAGUAAUAUGGAGCCAAAUAUGGUGCCAGAUGACUACAGUAUGUUGUUUAUAAUAUUGCAGUGACACAGUAACUGAACAAAAUAACGGUUAUUGAGAUAUGUUUGCACCUAUAAUGUUUCUAAUUUAUUUUAGAUGUUUAUGUUAAUGAAAUAAAAACCUUUUUAUUUUGUUUGCUUUAA